AGGGUUUCUAUGGCCCAGCCCAUGGGGGAUUGGGCGGCGGGAGGCUUCAUUGCUACCACGGUGCGGGAACCUGCCGACAGCGCACCUGCGGCGGGCCCUGGAAGCAUGGCGCAAACAAACUGAGAGAUAUCAUGACAACGUCUUGAAGGCGGAGCGGGACCUGGCAAGAUGGGUGUCACGGGGCCGAGAAGCAAGUCGUUAAACCACUACCGGGCGGUGUUCGGUCGGCCGGUGCACACCGAAAUUGUCUGGACCCUGUCCGGGAGAAGGCGUGACUUGAGUGUGUUACCUCAUCAGCCACAGAUUUGCGGGACGAGUGGGCUCAGAAGACAUGGGGCGGGAGCCUGCAGAUGCUAUGCUACACACCCUGCAGCCGUUGGGAUGUCAGACAUGUCCGGGCAGAUGUCUCUCGCUGUCUCUCUCCGUGUUCUAUGCAUGUCUUCUAGAACUCCUUCCGUCCCUCCAUCUGUAGACAACGGACUGGCAGAGAUGUCAACUCGAUUUGGCGUGAGAGCAGAACACGGCCCAAUUCCCAAAGGAAGGUCGCGUUUGACUGGCAACAAGCGCAAUAGCUCCGUCAAGCGGGUUCGCGAGCAUUCUAGUUGCGGCCCAGGAGCAGACCGUGGAGUAAUGGAAGGAAACGCUUGCGAUAGAUCCAACGAGCUGCAUGCUCCCUACAUGCAGGGAGCAGCGGGCUGCCGUAUUGGUAAUUAUGCUUUUCACGGUGUAACGCAAUCUUGCAGUCUUUACACUCCGGUCAGAACACUCGACUUUGACGCCACUGAAGUAUGUAAGCUCCUGAUUGGUUGUCAACUUUCACCGACCAGCGUUCAGCGUUCAUCAUCGAUAUCCAGUCAGCUGCAAGGCAGUAAGGAACUAUGAUACAGGAUUCCGUGGCGCAGUGCAAUGGUUGCCACGAGUGUUCGGGAGAACUAAUAUUGAAAAAUAGUCUCUUCUGGGCGGUACAC